UUCUCGACUCCUUCCAAGUUCUCUCUUCAUUCCCAGCCCCAUAUAAAUACCCCCUUUUCGUCGCCUAAACUUUCUCAUCUGCCCUUUGUUUUUCUUGCAAGUACUAGCAAUACCCUUCGGCUUAUAUAUAUAUAUGUCCGCUGCCGGCGACCUGGAAUCUGAGAGCCUCCUCUCCUCCGCCUCUCCAGGCUUCCCCUGCCUCCAUUUCUUCCGCUACCGCCCCCUCAGGUAAUUAAUUACUAUACGCCGGAACAUAUACAUAUAAAUUUCCAAAUGCCGUCGCCGAAGAUUAAUCGGAAAGGAAGCAACGAGAAGAACAAGAAGGGAAGGUUAUCUGAAAAGGCAUCGUCGUUUCAUGAGAAAAACGGCGGUGUAGUGGCGGAGAUGCUACCGAGGCCAAGAACGGUGCCGGAGUUGUUGGUUAGGAAAAAUGAUAUUGUGAGUUCAACUGAAUUGGUGUUGGCGCAGGGAAAGCCGGCGCUGACGAAGCUGCUUCUUAAUGUGACGAUACAGAGGAGCCUUGGAGCCGUACAGGUGUUGAUGUCGCCGGAUGCAACCGUGGAUCACUUGAUUACGGCGGCUCUCCGGCAGUAUGCAAAGGAAGGCCGGCGGCCUAUUAUCUCCUCCGCCGAUUCAUCUGGCUUCGAUCUCCAUUAUUCACAGUUUAGCUUAGAAAGUAAUGAUUCUCUCGCUGUUUUUAUUUACAGCCGUAGGAUUUUCAAUUUGUCUCUGAACCGCUUGAUUUAUGAUUUGUUUCAACGAAAAUGUCAACCAUAAAUUAGAUUUAGGAAAAUGCUAUGUAUACUUCUCAUCAUGAAGUACACAUUACUCACAUGGAGGGGUUCAUGAUUAUUUUAUUGUACGUGAAUUCCCUCUAUAUGAGAAUGUGUACAGUAGCAUUAUCCUUAAAUUUAUUAUUGAAAAUGAAUGCCGUUUGUGAA